AUGACAACGUUGUUCCAGACAUAUGAGGAGGAGUACCGUGAUGGCUUGCGGGCCAUCCGAGAUGAGUCAGAGGCGCUGCGCCAGUCGUGCGACCGCAGGGCGGCCGGGUACAAGGCACCACCUGCCACUGGGCCCGGAAGCCGCCUGCAGCGUGGUGCGCACUUGACGACAGUUUUAGCGCAGCUGCGAGAGCUGGUGAAUAGUAUGGAGUACGAGGCCAACGAUCUCCCCGCUGCGCAUCGGCAGACAGCUAAGGAGCGUAUCGUCGAGUACCGCACGAACCUGCGCACCGUGGAGGAGGGCCUCAUGCGCCUCAAGGCGGACGCGAGCGCUGCUGAUCGACUCGACCUGCUCGGCGGCACCGAAGCGAGGAAAGCAGGCGCGGAUGGCGCCAACAAAGCGGACGCGUCUAACGACCUCGAUGAUGCAACCAGAGCGCAUCGCAUCACGAUGCUGGACAACACAGCGCAGUUUAGGGACGCCUCUGACAAGCUGCAGAAGGCAGAGCGCCUCUUGAAUGACACAGAGACGGUGGGCAACGAGGCCCUCACAAGCUUGCGUUACCAGACAGAGACGAUGCAUCACAUUCAGGAGACAACGAUCGCUGUCGACGAGGAGGUGUCAGAUGCGCGCAAGAUCAUUAGCGGCAUGCAGAAGGCAAUGAUUAAGCACAAGCUCGUACUUACGGCCAUCAUCAUCGUUCUUCUCUUUCUCAUUUUUGUGGCCAUCUACGUCAGCAGUGCAAAGCAUCGCCGCAACUCGCCGUCGUCCACGUCGACGGAAGCCACUGGUGACCCCAUCACAUCGGUGGCGCCGUCGCUGUCGUGGGUGACCAGAAAGGGAGCGCAGUAG